AUGCUGAGGAUUUUCAUCCUUUUCUCUCUUCUCAUACACUCUUGUGUUGCAGCCCCCAAAACUCCGGCUGCUCCUGCCAAGAAAUGGCUCACCCUUAACGGAAAAGAGCCUGCGGUUGUAGCGAGAGGUGGCUUGUCAGGACUUUUCCCUGAGUCUAGCGCCCCUGCAAAUGACUUGGCUGUUAGCUCCAGCUCCCCUGGUCUGACAGUGAUGUGCAACCUUCAGAUGACAAAAGAUGGUGCGGGCAUUUGCUUGUCUGAUAUCAGGCUUGACAAUGCAACCACCAUCUCCACACUCUUCCCCAAAGGCCAGAAGACCUACAAGGUCAAUGGUCAAAACCUCAAGGGCUGGUUUGCUCUUGACUACUUGGCCGACACCAUCUUCUCCAAUGUCUCUCUUGUUCAAAACAUCUACACUCGGCCCAGCAUUUUCGAUGGCCAGAUGCCGAUUGCAGCUGUGGAGGAAGUCCUCGACACCAAGCCUCCCAAGUUCUGGUUAAGCGUUCAGUACGAUGCCUUCUACAUGGAACACAAGCUGAGUGCAGCAGAGUACCUGAGAAGCUUCAGAUUCCGUGGCAUUAACGUCAUAUCAUCUCCGGAAAUCGAUUUCUUGAAGAGCAUUGGAAAGGAUGCACGCAGGGCCAAAACAAAGCUCAUAUUCGAGUUCAAAGACCUGGAGGCAAUGGAGCCAACUACCAACAAGAAGUACAGCGAGAUUCUGCUGAAUCUCGCUGCCAUCAAGGCCUUUGCCACAGGUGUUAUCAUCCCCAAAGACUACAUCUGGCCCCUAGACACGGCUAUGUACCUUAAGCCCGCCUCCACCAUUGUGGCUGAUGCCCACAAAGCUGGUCUAGAGGUCUAUGCUUCAGGUUUCGCCAAUGAUUUCCAAACCAGCUACAACUACAGCUAUGAUCCCUCCGCUGAGUAUCUCCAGUUUAUAGACAAUGGACAGUUCUCUGUAGAUGGCUUCAUCACAGAUUUCCCACCAACAGCAUCACAAGCCAUCACUUGCUUUGCUCACCAAAAGAAAAACCUUCCCAAAAUAGGCAACACGUUGGUCAUAACACACAAUGGAGCAAGUGGAGAUUAUCCAGGCUGCACUGAUUUGGCUUAUCGAAAGGCAGUCGACGAUGGAGCAGAUGUGAUAGACUGUUCUGUCCAGAUGUCCAAAGAUGGAAUCGCUUUCUGUCUUGAUUCAGCAGACCUCAUACCAACCACAACUGCCAUGACCACUCUCAUCACCAGAGCCAGUACCGUCCCUGAGAUCCAGCCCAAAAAUGGCAUUUUCUCUUUUGAUCUCACUUGGGCAGAGAUCCAGUCUCUAAAGCCUCAAAUCCAGAGCCCCUUCUUAACUGUUGAGAAGUUACAGAGAAACCCAGUAAACAAGAAUGCAGGGAAGUUCAUGACUCUUGCUGACUUCCUUAAGUUCAGUAAAGCAACGGCAGUCACUGGAGUUCUCAUCAACAUCCAGAAUGCUGCUUAUUUAGCAUCAAAGAAAGGCCUAGGAAUAGUAGAUGCAGUAAAGUCCGCUCUAACCAGUUCAAAACUCGACAAGAAGGUAAUGAUUCAGUCAGAUGACAGUUCUGUUCUGGACAGUUUUAAGGAUGUCACUAGAGUCUUGCGCAUCGAAAAGGAAAUAGGAGAUGCUCCAAAACCAACCAUUGAAGAAAUCAAGAAACAUGCAGAUGCUGUAAAUAUCUGGAGAAGUUCUAUUGUCCCAAUCUCCCAAAGCUUCGCCAUAGGGAAGACUAAGGUAGUGGAGGAAAUGCACAAAGGGAAUAUCUCUGUUUACAUAUCUGUUCUUAGAAACGAGUUCCUCUCCGUAACGUUUGACUCCUUCUCCGAUCCCACGGUAGAGCUUGCCACAUUCAUUGCAGGGAAUGGCGUUGAUGGAGUCAUCACAGAGUUCCCUGCUACAGCCACCAGAUACUUGAGGAGUCCAUGCUCAGAUUUAAACAUAGAGCAGCCCUUUGCUAUAUUACCUGCAGAGGCAGGUUCUCUAAUCUCCGUGGCAUCCAAGGAAGCACAGCCACCGGCUAGUGCCCCAAACCCGCCUCUUGACGCCAAAGACGUGAUUGAUCCGCCUCUGCCCCCUGUUGCAAACUUGGCCUCCAACAAUGGCAGUGGAGGAGCUCAGCCAGGUUCUCGUCGUUCAGGCACCAUAGCCACCACUGCUAAUCUCAGCCUGGCAAUGCUGGCAUUGGGACUAGUCCUAUGUGCUGCUGCCUAA